UCCCGGAAAACUUACCCACCGGCAACAAUCCGAUCACCGGAGAAGACAACAAUGGCGCGUGGUCUCUUCGCUUGCUUUCCGAAACGCUCUUCCUCCACCUCCUCUUUAGAUAUCAACAAAACAACCACUUCACACGACAACGCCACGGCGGAUCUGACGGCGGAGGAGUUACGGCGAGGAGGGCCGGUGAUGGUGGAGCUAUUCUCGUCGCAAGGAUGCGGUACUUCGCCGGCGGCAGAGCUUCUGUUGUCGAGGGUUGGAAGGGGAGAUUUCAAUCUGGAGGUGCCAGUGAUUUUAAUGGCGUUUCAUGUGGAUUAUUGGGAUUAUAAUGGGUGGAAAGAUCCAUUUGGGUCGAGCCAAUGGACGGUGAGACAAAAGGAGUAUGUGGAAUCGUUAAAUCUUGACACCAUGUUUACACCUCAGGUGGUGAUUCAGGGCAAAUUCCAGUGUAUCGGAAACGAUGAAGAUGCUUUGAUAUCUUCAAUCAUCUCUGCUUCAAGAUACCCUUCUCCGGCGUUUCAGGCGACAUUCGAGAGGCCAACGCCGGAGUCUUUGCAGAUCUCCCUAAAAGGAUCGUUGAGGACCAAGGUAGAAGGGCCGGGAGCAGACAUCAUGGUGGCAAUCUGCGAGAGCGGGCUCGUGACCGACUGCCGGAACGGAGAGAACAAAGGGCGAAUGCUAGCUAAUGAUUUCGUGGUCAGAAAGCUUGCGAAGCUCUGCUCGGUCAAUGCCGUCCCUCCCAAGAAGACACUUACCGGAACCCUCGAUUUUAGCCUUUGGCAAGGUUUCAACAGCGCCAAAUGCGGUUUGGUCCUGUUUGUGCAGCAACAUGGAUCUCGUCGUAUAUUUGGCUCCCAACGCAUUCCCCUACCUGCAAAUAUCUGAGUUGGUGUUUUCGUAACGGAUUAAUUUGUUUGACCAUCGGGUUACGAUUUUUGCGUGUUUGAAUGAUUGAAGUAGCUCGAUCGAUCUCCCAGCUUUCGUUGUACAGUUUGCUGUGGGGGAAAUUGACCUGUUUGAUAGUUUGAUCAUAAGUUUGUGGAAUUUGGUUACUUUAAAUCUAAUAGAUUACAUCAUGAAU